AUGUCAUAUAUACCCUGGACAGAGGAAACGAGCUCCAUAACCUCUUGCGGGAUUGCGAUCCCUUACAAUGCUUCGGAAGAAUGGUCUGACAAGAAAGUUAUUUUGGUUUCUGUACCCGGUGCCUUCACCCGGACAUGCUCUGGUCUCCAUCUCCCCAAUUACAUUGAGAAUCUUCCCGCACUCAAGGAAAAAGGUGUCGAUCUCGUGGCAAUUAUUUCCUUCAACGAUGCAAAUGUUAUGAGUGGCUGGGGGAAAGCAAAUAAUGUUACGAACAACAAUAUUAUUUUCCUCUCUGAUCCAAAUGUCAGGUUCUCAAAGAGUAUUAAUUGGACAGAACCAUCUGGUCAUCGGGGCCUUCGCUAUGCCAUUGUCAUCGACCAUGGAAAGGUUAUCUAUGCACAGAGAGAGACUGAACGGGGUAAAAUCCAGGUAAACUCGGGAGCUGAAGCCAUUCUUCCGUAUUUAUAG